UUGCUGCCGCUUCCGCUUCCGGUAACAGCCAGCCGCUUUCUAUCCCCAGUGGCUAUGGCGGGGAGCCGGCUGGAAACCGUGGGGAGCGUGUUCUCCCGGUGCGUGCUCCGAGUUGGGCGAGGGACGAGGGAUCUGAUGCGGGCCGGGGUGUUGAAGGAAAAGCCACUGUGGUUUGACAUAUAUAAGGCCUUUCCGCCUCUGAGAGAGCCUAUCUUCCAAAGGCCCCGUUUGCGAUAUGGCAAAGCCAAAGCUGCCAUCCAGGACAUCUUUUACCAUGAGGAUCAGAUUCGAGCGAAAUUCUUUUCAACCUAUGGAUCUGGUCACAAAGCUUUUGAUCUCUUCAACCCAAACUUCAAGUCUACAUGUCAGCGGUUUGUGGAGAAGUACAUGGAGCUACAGAACCUUGGAGAAACCGAUGAAGAGAAGUUAUUUGUAGAAACGGGGAAGGCUCUGCUGGCAGAAGGCAUCAUUUUAAGACGAGUAAGAGAAGCAAGGACUGUCAGUGUGAGACGCCCAGCUCCGUCAGAAGGAAAUGAACCUCAGGAAGAAGAUGGCCAGCAGCUGCCUGUGCAGGGGAAGCAGGAGCCAGAAGCAGCCCCCUCGGCUCCCUGAGGCCUCAGUGCACUGAGCAUGCCCGCCGCCUGCCGCCCACCGCCCUGCCUAAGCUGUGUGGACUCUGAUGGCCUCCGUCUCUCAGACAUAUGUGCCUUCUCUUAGUUCCUGUUUCUGGGAUGUUGCGAAUCUCAGUACCAUGGUUUGAAAGCAUCAGUUUUGUGAACUUUUAUUUCAAGACAUGGUUAAAUAAAGGGGUCUCCAGUGUUUUCAAAGUAAAUUUACUUUGAAACUGUAAAUAGCACCAGGAAACCUUUAAAGGCGCCUUGUGCUGUCUGUGGGCUGCUGUGUCUGAACUCACUGCGCUUCUCGCCUGGAUCCCUCAGAACCAGACUUGGCCACAUGGUGUGGUCCCUUGGCCAAGUGUCUGCGGAUGAUGUUUGUACUUUUUGCUGUAGAGCUGUUGACUGCAGCAUGACAGGCACAGCCAGCUCCUGCUGCAGUAAGGCCUGUUUGAUGUGGACAAAGACCAAAUCCAAUACUUGAAUGUCACGGGCUGGGUUAAUUGUGUUGGAGAUGAUUAGCAUGAGCUCACAGCUCAUAGACGGCCUAGAAAAUGUUUGGUGAAUGAAUAAAUGAUCACACAUA